AUCAAUUAAGCGACAUGGACUGGUGGUGCCAUGGCAACUCACUGUGGCAGCCAGUGCCCAGCAACAAAGACUCAUCCCUCUCUGUGGUUAGGGUGUGUGUGUGUGUGUGUCUCUGUGUGUGUGUUUGUGUGUGUGUCUCUGUGUGUGUGUUUGUGUGUGGAAUCAGAGGAGUGAGCAGCCACACAGCACGCUAACAUGUCUCCAAAGAAAAAGACCAAAAAGAUCCCAAAGAAGAAACAGGACAGAAGUGACAAUGACUUGGAGGCAAAGUACAGACGCAGCGUUCUGGAUGUAGCCAUCCUGCAGGAUCACAUUGCUGUACAGUGUGAGUCUGUGAGAACGGUCCAGUCUGACAGGAUCGACCUGAGGAGACGUGCGAGAGACAUGGAGCAGAAGCUGCAGCACGAGCGACAAGACCACAGGGACGUGAACUCUAACAUCAGUCGCCAGUACAAAACCAUGCAGACAGAACUGACUAACAAGGUGAAGGAGCUGGAGACGGAGGUCAGCCAGCUAAAUGAAGAGCUCGCUCUGUGUCAGGAGGAACUGAGGGAAGAGAAAAGAGAGAGGGAGCAGAUGGAGCAGGAGAAGGAUGCCACCAUCGCUGAGCUCCAACACAAACUGGACAACAUGGAAACAGCCUAUGAGAAGAUCCUGCAUGAUACUCUGGACAGUCUGACCUCGCAGCUCUCUGAGGCUCGACAGCGGCGGGAGGACACAGGCAUCACCUUGCAUCAGAACUACCAGGGGCUGCUCUCUGAAUUUGGCCUGAAUGCACUGGACUUCUGAAAGACGGUGCUUCUCACAAAAGAAAGCAGCAGCGCUUCAUAGAGAGAGUUUGGCUCAAUUUAUCGUUUUUCAACUUUGCUAGUCCCAAUCCAGAAUAUGUAGGACAGAUAUGGAUGUUCUUAUUAUAUAUAACAUUAUAUUUUACCACCAGAGUACAAAAUAGACUGAGUAUGUAUUCAGUGGUUCACCAUGUAGGCGUCUGUAAUGUUGUAGAAUGCCCACUAGAUGUAGCAAAUGGCUGUUUGAGGUAGUGGAGAUGGUGCCCAGUAUAUGUGCAUAUACUAUACAUACACUGAGGUUCUUCAAUUUGGUGUGAAUAUGUGCUUUUCCAUGUUAUUUUUGACACAAUAUAUUUUUUGAUGAAUAAAAUUAUGUGAGGAUUGG